AUCUUCUAAAUCCCGAUCACAAUGCUUCAUCUAAGCAUUACUCAAUUCCAUCAGAUCUAUUCAAAUCCAUCAAUUUCUUUUUUAUUGUUUUAGUUUUUUCCCAUUUCUAAUCAACAUCGACAAGAUUCCAAUUUGAUACCGGCGAUCUUCAGCAGAGAUGUGUUCUUGCUUCCUGGGUCUUGCUUCAUCACUUUCAUUUCAUCUCAAAACUCAGUAACUUCAUUUAUUUCUUUUUUUACGUGUUAAUUUUUUUAAUAGUCAAAUUUUAAUCAUAAACUUUCCCAUCAGUUCACUAAGCACUGAAUCUUCGUUAGCAACCUUGGCCCCCUCACUCACUCCCUCCACACUUGGCCGUCGAUUGCAACUGUCAAAUCGUCAUCACUUCCCUACUAGCAUCUUCGCAAUUUGUUUUCGAUGGCCUGUCAAUUUUAGAGAUGGCCUUCCCUUUUUGUUUUUCACUGUUUCCAUUUCAAAUUCUAUUGAAGAUUCUCUCAAUGCCUGACUUAACUACACACUGUGUUGAAAAGAUUUGUUGGUCAUUGUGAGAUACCUUCUAUUAUACCAAUUUUAUAUAGAAAAUUUUGUUUUGUUGACCGAUUUGCAGUUGAGCAAUUCUCUUAAAGCUUUAUUUCAGUGUUUCUUCGAGCAUAUUUGAACUUUGGUCCAUGUGGAUUUCAAUAUUUAGGUAUAAAAUAGUCAAACUUUUUCUUGAUGGUUCUGUUUAAUGUUAAAAUGGUAGUUUUUCAUCUGUUUAUGAAGGAAUUGAUUGAAAUAGUAUAUUAUUUCUCUGUCCAUUAAUUUCUUUCUACCUUUUUGUUAUUAAGUAGCACUAAGGAUUCAUGUUCUCAAUUAUGUAUUUUGCUCUUUUUAGUCAAACAAGGCUUUGCUGCUGAAUGAAUCCAUUGAGUUCCUUAAAUCACUUCAGUUGCAAGCCCAGAUUCAUGAGAUCGCAUUUAAGAAGGAAACUUUGGGUUUCGUUACAAUACAGUAAUAUGUUGACAAGAAUGAGGAAUUGCCAAGGACACACAAGUUUAUGUCGGUGCCUAAUCUUCACCUAUUCCUGGAUGAUGAUUCUUGAUGUUUUCAAAUGUGGAGUAAGGCAAGUUGAUGCCUCUUAUCACCACCAUUUACUCUUUGGUCCCAUGUGUAUCCAAAUAAGAGUACCUUAUUUUGUGUAAGUGAAUUCUUAUUUUGAUUCUCAUUAUUAUUUUUGUUAAUAUUGUAUGUGUGUAUAUAGAUUCUCAUUAUGUGUAUGUAUACAUGUAUGUGUGUGUGUGUGUCCUGUUGAAUUUUAAAAUAUAUUGGCUGAUGCCUUCAAUUGUGUAUAAGAAAUUCUGCUACAUAAA